AUGAAGGUUCAGGGUUACAAAGAAAUUCCAUCAAUGCUGACAUGUACCAGCCUGCCGCAGCAGUGGGACAAACCGCGUGGGGAAAAAAAUAACACAGAGCCUGUUUCCCAAAUGGUCAUGUCCCGACCAACAAAUGUGAACAGAAAGCGACGCCCUGUCAUGGCCCAAUAUGUAGACAACAGGAAAAUCACAGCUGAGAAGGAUGAUAUCUCUGCUUUGAAGAAGUUGAAGUCAAACCCAGGAAGUCCCAAGCAGACCCAGGAAGUCCCAAGCAGACCCAGGAAGUCCCAAGCAGACCCAGGAAGUCCCAAGCAGACCCAGGAAGUCCCAAGCAGACCCAGGAAGUCCCAAGCAGACCUGGUAGUCCCAAGCAGACCCAGGAAGUCCCAAGCAGACCUGGUAGUCCCAAGCAGACCUGGUAGUCCCAAGCAGACCCAGGAAGUCCCAAGCAGACCCAGGAAGUCCCAAGCAGACCCAGAAAGUCCCAAGCAGACCCAGGAAGUCCCAAGCAGAUCUGGUAGUCCAAAGCAGACCCAGGAAGUCCCAAGCAGACCUGGUAGUCCCAAGCAGACCCAGGAAGUCCCAAGCAGACCCAGGAAGUCCCAAGCAGACCCAGGAAGUCCCAAGCAGACCCAGGAAGUCCCAAGCAGACCCAGGAAGUCCCAAGCAGACCUGGUAGUCCCAAGCAGACCCAGGAAGUCCCAAGCAGACCUGGUAGUCCCAAGCAGACCUGGUAGUCCCAAGCAGACCCAGGAAGUCCCAAGCAGACCUAGGAAGUCCCAAGCAGACCCAGAAAGUCCCAAGCAGACCCAGGAAGUCCCAAGCAGACCAAGGAAGUCCCAAGCAGACCUUGUAAGUCCCAAGCAGACCUGGUAG